UAUCAAAUGAAGAAUAUCUUUGUUUACAUGGGUCCGAAGAAGCAGGAAACGCUUCAAUUUGAUUAGUUUAGAAAUUAUCUAGGCACGUUUUCUUGUUGAAUCACUUUGCAAACAAUGAAAAACGAUCCAAUUAUCUUGUUUAGUUAGAUCUUUGGAGCAUGGUGCUGGUGUCAGCUUGCUACGAUGGUAGCUAGCUUGCUAGCUAUCUCGACGUUAGCAACAAUCAGUCACUAGCUAAACAGCUCACGGAGGACGACUGACUAUGAUAUUUGACCUCCGAUGUUAAGAUAUUAAAAUAUUUAUAAAAGUAAAGAAAAAAAAUGGAUAUCAGUCUAACAGUUUCCCUAAUGCAGGGCCAGAUGGGUACCGUGAUAGAGAGAGCGGUGAGUGUCGCUGUUGAGACGGUGUUAGGGGAGAUGCUGAAGGUGGUCGGUAUUAAAUUCGACGAGCUGAAGAGGGAGGUCGCAGCAAAAGAAAAAGAGACCGAGAGCAUCAGACAGAUGCUGGACAUAUCCCGAUCUCAGAUGAAGACAAUGCGGAAGUACAUGAACACUCUGGGUGCCAGGCAGCAGGAGCACUCUGCCACUUACCAGACCAACCAGAGUACAGCAUUCGGUCAUUCGGAUCCGCAUAGACCUCACUGUUCCUCAGCGGCUGCAUCCGAGGCAGCACAGUCCUCUGGUUUAUCACAACCACAGAGAAGGACGGUUACCAACACCAACAUUCCCAUUACAAAUGGAAACGUACAGUCAAGGAAUCAAAUCACUAUCGCUCUACCCUCUGACAACUUGGCCAGAUCCUCCCAACCUUCUGAGAAUAUUAUAAGGGCCACAUCAUCAUCAUCAUCGUUUGACAGCCAUGAUGACCUUACUGCCACGGUCUCACAAGCUCUGGAGAGCCCAUCAUUGAUCACCCCUGUCUCUGAAAUAAACAGUUCAUCAGAGCACCUGGAACCUUUGAAAGAGGAGCCCCCAGCCCCCCUGGACCCCGAGGUGUCUGAUGAGAGCCAGAGGAGGGAGGAGGAAGAAGAGUCUCAGGCUGAGUGGACCAUCAUUACACAGCCACCAGAGACCAGCACAGACCCUGGGGACCAGCAGGUCCUCUCCCCACCCAGGACUGACGGAGCAGAUUGCUUUGCCACCAUGGCUGCUGGGAGUGCCCAGCCUCAGCUCCAGGUGAAAGAGGAGGAGGCCGAGGUGGAAAUCAUCUGUAUCAAGCAGGAACCGGAGGACGUUGAGAGUUUGCUGUUCAACCUGGCUGCUGAGGUCCUCAACUCCCAGGGCAACCUUUUAGACAGACACACUCAGGGGAGCCUCCUGGACUGUCACAGGACAGUCCCCUCACAGGGCCAGAGAGAGAGGACAGUACCCUCACAGGGCCAGAGGACAUUAACAGAGCACACAGUGUUCAGCUCAGCCAGCCCUUGUUCAUAUGGGCUGUCCCAGCCAGUGGUGUCCGUGUCACGAGGAGUUGCUCCCAGGCCGAUGGUCCGUCCGUGGCCCAAAGACCUGAGUCUGUACGAGGAGUUUAAAAUGAGACGAACUGAGCUGAGGAGGAGGAGCCAGACCCGUCGGAGGGAGAUGGAGAAGAACCUUCCCCAGCCUCUAUUAGCUGACCUGGUGAAGGAGAGACGGGAGAAGACCCGGCUCAGAGUGGCCCGCUGGAGAGCCAAGAGGAAGCUGCAGGCCUGCCAACUGACUCAGAUGAGCCAGACACAACACCAGGCUGGACCUGGUCUGGGUCAGGGGACCAGUGGGCUGGAGAAUCAUAGCCCGAUUAGCCAACACACACAGCACAAAACCACAGGCCGCACUCAGACUCAGCAGAGGAACCAUACUGCCAUCUCUCAAUCGCAGUACAAUACCAGUUUUUUGUACAACAGAAGUCACUGUGAGACCGGGGCUGGUAACAUUAACUACCCUCCUCUCCAGUUCAACUCCUCCUCUCUAAUGCUGGGACAACAUGGAGGACACAAUAUGGUGGAGCCGGUCAUGAUAUCAUCCUCACAGCAGGGCCUCUCACUGACUGACUCAGAGCUCUACCAGUAACAGGAGAACAACAGUACCAGGUCUACUCUACAGGAGAACAACAGUACCAGGUCUACUCUAC